GGGAGGAGGGACUGAGGGAGCGCGGAUCCCGGCUCUCGGGAUCGCAAACUCAGAGCCAGAGUUCUCCGCGCGCACCCGAGCCUCUAGCCGCCCGCGCAGCCCGACGCGGAACCCGGGCGCAGCGGGAGCCCGUGCAGGACGGGCGCGGGGCGGCGGCGGCGGCGGCCGUCCAUGCGGCGCGCUCGGGGCUGCCCGGCGCCGGGAACCACGCGGGGGCGAGGCGAGGCGGCCACCGGCCGCUCCGGGACACGGACCGCCAGGAGUUGAGUGCCACCCCCAUCUGUAGAAAAUUGGCAACAUCUCUGAGGAGCCCUUGCUUUUCCUGGGAUACCCAGCAUCAUGGUUUCCUGUUUCCUGGAGUCUCUCAGUGUCCUGGGUUCCCUCCUGCUGCUUGGAUUCCAGCUCGUCUGCCCACAGCCCUCCACUGAACACAGAAAGGUCCCGCAGCGGAUGGCGGUGGCCGAGGGCGCUCCUGAGGACGGCGGCGGCGGCGCCCCGGGCAUGUGGGGCGCCUGGGGCCCCUGGUCCGCCUGCUCGCGCAGCUGCAGCGGCGGCGUGAUGGAGCAGACGCGACCCUGCCUGCCCGGCUCGUACCGCGCACGCGGCUCACCGCCGCCCGGAGCCCCCGCGCGCGCCUUCGCAGGCCACGUGGUGUCAGCCGUGCGUACGUCGGUGCCGCUUCACAGGAGCCGCGAGGAGCCACGCGCCCCCGCCAGCCUCAACUCCAGCCGCCUGGGUCCGGCGCAGCGAGGUAGCCGGCACCCGCAGGCCCGGGGCCGCGAACCCACGGCGGAGAGAAGGAGCAGGACCCGAGGUCCCAUCGGCCCCGGCAUGUAUGGCUAUGGUAAGGCCCCAUACAUCUUACCACUGCAGACGGACUCUGCACACCUGCCACAGAGGCUUCGGAGGCAGAGGCCCUCAUCCCGGAAUUCCAGGUCCCAGGGGGCAUCUGGUUCUAGCCAUGGCUACAACCCUGCAGCCCACCGGGCCCCCCGACAUGGACCUCUGUACCAGAGUGACAGUGGACCUCGUCCUGGACUGCAAGUCUCGGAGGGCUCCAUCUACCAGCUGCCUUUGACCCAUGACCAAGGCUUCCCUGAAGCCUCAAAUCUCUUCCACAGCCCAGAAACAAGCAGCAGCCCUGGCCUGGGGGCCCACAGGGCAGCUCAGAGCUUCUCCCAGCCUGCCCGAUCUACAGCAAUCUCCUGCAUUGGGGCCUAUCGGCAGUACAAGCUGUGCAACACAAAUGUGUGUCCAGAAAGCAGUAGAAGUAUCUGGGAGGUACAAUGUGCAUCCUACAACAACAAGCCGUUCAUGGGCCGGUUUUAUGAAUGGGAACCGUUUGCAGAAGCCAAGGGCAAUCGGAAGUGUGAGCUGAACUGCCAGGCAAUGGGCUACCGCUUCUACGUACGGCAGGCGGAGAAGGUCAUUGAUGGUACCCCCUGUGACCAGAACGGCACGGCCAUCUGCGUGUCUGGGCAGUGCAAGAGCAUUGGCUGUGAUGACUACCUAGGCUCCGACAAAGUCGUGGACAAAUGCGGGGUGUGCGGAGGCGAUAACACGGGCUGUCAGGUUGUGUCGGGCGUGUUUAAGCAUGCCCUCACCAGCCUGGGCUACCACCGAGUUGUUGAGAUUCCUCAAGGAGCCACAAAAAUCAACAUCACCGAGAUGUACAAGAGCAACAACUAUUUGGCCUUGCGAAGUCGUUCUGGCCGCUCCAUCAUCAACGGGAACUGGGCAAUUGACCGGCCUGGAAAAUAUGAAGGAGGAGGGACCAUGUUCACAUACAAGCGACCAAAUGAGAUUUCGAGCACUGCCGGAGAGUCCUUUUUGGCCGAAGGUCCCACUAAUGAGAUCUUGGAUGUCUAUAUGAUACACCAGCAGCCUAACCCAGGAGUCCACUACGAGUACGUAAUCAUGGGGAACAAUGCCAUCAGCCCACAGGUGCUGCCUCACAGGAGACCAGGGGAGCCCUUCAACGGCCAGCUGGUACCAGAAGGGGGGAACCAGCAGGAGGGAGAAGGGAAAGAGGGGGACGAAGAGAAGGCAGACGUGCACGGCGGGGCACCUGAAAUAUUCACCUCGGAAUCAGCACAGACCUUCCCGGUCAGGCAUCCUGAUAGAUUCUCUCCCCACCGGCCGGACAAUGUGGUACCACCAGCACCACAGACCCCACGGCGGAGCCGGGAUCACAACUGGAAACAGCUGGGGACAACGGAGUGCUCGACAACCUGCGGGAAAGGAUCGCAGUACCCUAUUUUUCGCUGCGUGAACAGAAACACUCACGAAGAGGUUCCUGAGAGCUACUGUGACUCGAGCAUGAAGCCGACCCCGGAGGAGGAACCCUGCAACAUCUUCCCUUGCCCAGCCUUCUGGGACAUCGGGGAGUGGUCUGAGUGCAGCAAAACCUGUGGCCUGGGCAUGCAGCACCGCCAGGUUCUGUGUCGCCAGGUGUAUGCCAACCGCAGCCUGACGGUGCAACCCUACCGCUGCCAGCACCUGGAGAAGCCCGAGACCACCAGCACCUGCCAGCUCAAGAUCUGCAGCGAGUGGCAGAUCCGGACGGACUGGACCUCGUGCUCGGUGCCCUGCGGAGUGGGGCAGAGGACCCGCGAUGUGAAGUGUGUGAGUAACAUCGGGGACGUGGUCGAUGACGAGGAAUGCAACAUGAAACUCCGGCCCAACGACAUUGAGAACUGCGACAUGGGACCCUGCGCCAAGAGCUGGUUCCUGACGGAGUGGAGCGAGAGGUGCUCGGCAGAGUGUGGGGCUGGAGUGCGGACACGCUCGGUGGUGUGCAUGACCAACCAUGUCAGCAGCCUGCCGCUGGAGGGCUGCGGGAACAACCGGCCAGUGGAGGCCACCCCGUGUGACAACGGGCCCUGCACGGGCGAGGUGGAGUGGUUUGCGGGAAGCUGGAGUCAGUGUUCCAUCGAGUGUGGGAGCGGGACCCAACAGAGGGAGGUGAUUUGUGUUAGGAAGAACGCUGACACCUUUGAAGUGCUGAAACCCUAUGAAUGUUCCUUCCUGGAGAGACCCCCCAGCCAGCAAUCCUGCCACCUCAAGCCCUGCGGAGCCAAAUGGUUUAACACAGAAUGGAGCAUGUGUUCCAAGAGCUGCCAGGGCGGCUUCCGCGUCCGGGAAGUGCGCUGUCUGUCUGAUGAGAUGACCCUCAGUAAUCUCUGUGACCCUCAGUUGAAACCAGAAGAGAAAGAAUCUUGUAACCCUCAGGACUGCGUCCCUGAAGUUGAUGAAAACUGCAAGGACAGGUACUACAACUGCAACGUGGUGGUCCAGGCCAGGCUCUGCGUCUACAACUACUACAAGACAGCCUGCUGCGUCUCCUGCACGCGCGUGGCCAACAGGCACUCGGGCUUCCUGGGGAGCAGAUAACACCCCGCUCCGCAACUGUGGGCAGGUCAGGGAGUCUGUGAGCAGUGGGACUGGCUGACUGCUGCCCCCUCCUGGGGGCUCCCUGGCCUGUGGAGCUGCCAGCCAACUUAGUCAGCACCCCACCUUCAUAAAGUGUACACACGGUGCCCAGGAGCAAGGCCACAGUUGUCCUUUGAGCAUCACCGUGAACUGCUGACCCCUCCUUCAGAGACCUGGCACCUGCGCUCUCUGCAGACCGAGCGGUGGGGACUGCGUGCAGCUCUCGGCCAACUCCCGUCCUGGCACUUUCUAAGUCAGCAGUCAGGCCCUGUCUGGGCACUGCCUAGCCCCAGUGCUGCUGGCCUUUCUAAUACCAGCGCCCCUUGGAGAAUCAGAGGAGACAGUCCCCCCACCCCAGAGCCCCCCUGAGCCUUGCUAGGAUGCCUGCAUCCCUCUGUUACCUCAGCCCGCCUGUGCCUAUUUUUACUCUCAAAGACAUUAGGCUCUUUUCCAGCCUUGUGACACAGAUAUCUCAUGCCAGUUUAGAGCUUUAUUGUUUUGCAGGUGUAUUCAGAGAUAUUAGCUCAUUAGCGGCUGUGAGCACAGCACUCCAGAAUGGGAGUCAGGGAAUUAAUCUCGUCCCCAUUUUACUGACAAGGAAACUGAGACUGAAUUUAGGUAACCUACCUGCCACGUUAGCAGGUAAUUGACCCAUUCAGUGACAGAGCUGAGUCCUGACCCCAGUCGUCUGACCACAAAGCCGUCACCCCGAGGCCUGUCCAGAAGGCUUAGGUCUGCAGUAUGUGGCUUCAUUUCAGACCUAGAGGCUGAGAAGUUUCCCAUUCAGCAAACAAAGCCCAGACCUUUGAAUUCUUUCCUCGGGCCAAAAAUCAAGUCUUUAUCUCCUGUGCUCAGUUGUUUCAGGAGUCUGUUUCUUUUUUCCCUUCCCCCACAGAGUCACAGGUCCUGGUGACAGGACUCCGCACAGUUUCUUAAACCCCAUCCUUAAUGGAACUAUGCCAUGAGGUAAGAAAGCCAUUGGGGUAGAAAGGUGAUUGCCUGAAAUUCUGAUUCCUCUCCCCAGUGGUACAUGCCGCCCAUGGAAUCCUACAUUGUGGACCCUUUGCCCUUUUGUCUCCCAGAGCAGAUUUCCAGAGCACACAGCUCUGUCCCCUGGGCUCUCACCCCUUCCUCAGCCAUCUCUUCUGGGUCCUUUCCCACACAUCACCCAGUGGAAAGUCUAACCAACCUGUCCCAGCAAAAGCCCUAUAUUUAUAUUAGAAAGAGUCUCCUUCGGGUCUUUCUGGUUUGUUUUGCAGAUGUCUCUCUGUGACUUUUCAUCCCUCCCUUCCCCCAUGACUCACAACCCAUAUUCCCCCUCCCAGAUGUGAGCACUAAGAUCUAUAUUAAUGCAGCCAGCCUGGGAAAAGGGGCUGUGAACUCCUCCACGAUGGCCCCAGCGGCAGGGUCUUCCCUGAUUCACUUCACAUAACUCUGUAGUUCCCGAGGCCUGUGGCUGGAAGGGGAAUGCAGUGCAUAUGAAAGAUGAGCUAUCUGAAGAAUCAGUGAGGAUAAAGAACGGGGGACAUAUAUAUAUAUAUAUAUAUAUAUAUAUAUUCUUACACCCACUAAGAAAAAUAAUCAGGCUGAACAAAUUGGAAGCGUAUAGAAAAUUUAUCUUAUUUAGUACUAUGGUCCUGGGCGUAUUUCCCUUUCAAAGUAAGCAUUUGCUUUGAAAUUCAUAGCAACUGAGUUUCUCCCGUGAGCCCUUUAACCCAAAAAUCUGCUAAUUUGGUGAUGAUUUGCAGUUUUUGGAAGCAGUAUCACCAGCUCAGUCUUGCACACUCCCUUAGGUUCCCACUAUCCUUGAGCUUUCAGAAAUUCUAUUUGGCCUUUUUAUGUGACCUUCUCUUUCUGGAGAGCCCCAGCCAUCAUUUCCCCCAAAGCACCCUAUCUCUCCUGAUCCUUACGUAACUCAUGCAAUAAGCAGCAGGACAGAGGCCCAGAUUCCUGGGCCCACCAAGCAAAGACAGACCAGAGAAGCCAAGCAUAUGGCUGGUUUCCAUCCAGCACCCACUCUUUCCCUCUCGCCAUUUGCCUUUGCUUCUUGUCCCAAGGGAGGGUUUCCUUUAUGCAACUGCUCUCAGAUGUUGCUGUACAAGCCAGUCAUUUGAAGGAUUCUUUGGAGGAAGCUUUCUUUACCUGCUGGAGGACAGAGCAAGAUCAAUGGGUGGAAGAGCAGAAAGGCUGAUUUCAGCUCAGAUUGUGGGAAAACCUUCUAGCCAUCCAGGCUGCCCAGCGCAACAAAGGUAUGGUGUCCUAAUGAGUGAGCUCUCCAGCCUAAAAGGGAUUUCUCCACCAAGUGGGAGGUGAGCAUCCCGGGUCCUUCCAACUCAGGAUUCUCACGACUGGGCUGGGUGACGGCUUUGUCUCUUUGACAUCCAGCAGUGUCCUGUGGCUGCUAAAUGUCACCUAAAAGUUAUUUAAAGGGACAGUGGUCCUCUCAUGAGAACGGCCAUCCUGCCAGUUGUGGAAUUGGAUAGGAGCAAAUAAAUCAACCCCAUGUCUUCAGGGGAAAGAAGUACUGAAACUAGGGGUCUUUUUUCUCUUGCAACAAAUAGUUGAGUUAAUCUUGGAAUUCAUUUAUGUCUGGAAAGCUUAUAAAUUGCUAGAUGAGGGGUUUUAUCAGCUGGACUUGGAAAUCCAAUUUUUACUAAUCUCCUUGUUUCUUAUAUCAACGUCUAAAUGCCUUUGUUCUUAGCACAACACACAUGAUAAUGUCCUUUAGUAUUUUCAGUGACAAUGUUCCUUUCUCCCUCUAGAGAUGCCUCUUUCUCAUUUUCUUAUCCCCUUAUCUCAUCCUCUCCUUCCCAUGACCCACCAUCUCCGUCUCAGUCCUCUGCCUUGUCCCUUAACUGGCUAUGAUGCAGAAAUGAAAUUUACAUUUUAAUACAGCUUUUUUUUUCUGUGUACCAGAUUGCCUCAGUCCCUGCUCUGAAUUUUGAAAUUAGAUAAAUUAAAACUGUUCUGUGUUUUUCUCACAAAAAAAUCAACAAAACUGCAAACAGAAAUAGUUUGCUGCUUUUUUUUUACUAUCACUUAUUAGAAAAGGAAAGUGUGCCUCUUGCAGCCUAGGCAAAAGCCAUUCAGUGCAGCCCAUUCUCCCCAUCUCACGUAGACUCGCCUUUCUCCCCUUAGAAAAGGAACAGCAUAAGAAAUAGGGCAUUUAAAAAAAAAAAAAAAAAAAUCUUGUAAACUUGGCCACUAGAUGGCGUCAGUUCAUUUCAUUAACGGCGUGUACAGUGCCCCCUGCUUGCGAGCUGGUGGGGAAGCCAGAUGAGCAGGGCCAAUGCCCGCCCUAGAGGAGGUGCAGUGUGACAGAAGCGCUCAGAACUGUCCCCAUCUGUCCCGUUGCCUUAAUUCUCUGACCCAGGGCUCUUGGAGUGUGUAUCGUUUACUCACCCUCAAAGUGUUCAGCAUUCAACACUCUUUCCUUUAAAAAGAAUGACCUUCCAGAGGGAUGAAAAUGAGGGACACUGGCUUCAUUUCUUUUUGUCAAGCUGUGUGGCAGGGAGAGAAACCCAGAUGUUACUAGUAACUUUCUAAACCAGUGGCUCUCUUUUUCUUUAAUAUAGCCACUUCAGAAUUUGAAUAUCUGCUUUCUAAUGUCAAAGACACAAAUAUAAGUGGUAAAAGGAAACAUGACUUCCCUUGAAACAGGCUGAAUAGUCAAACCUGAGGGAACCUCUAUCAGCCUGGCAGGUGGAGGCCAACAUUUGAUCCUGCCAUAUGAAACACUCUUUACGUAGCUUAGAUGGGACAUUAGACACCUUCCUGAUGAAAUUGGUGGAUGCCAAGAAGCUGGAGAGGUAACGCUUGAAUGACACGUUCUAGUACCAAAAAAGUCUGGGAGACUAGAACGAAACCUGGGAUCUUCAAAAUUCACCAGGAAGCAACAUAAAGUCCCACCUUUGGAUUAAAACAAAAAACAAUGCAAGUACAAGGUGGGGGAGAUGCAAGAGUUUCAGUGGAUGAAGUUCAAUGUGAGUCAAGAAAGUGGGAUGGAACUACCCCCAAACACACACACACACACACACACACACCACACACACACCACGCACACACCACACACACCACACACACACACCACACACACCACACACACACCACGCACACACCACACACACACCACACACACACACACACCACACACACCACACACACACCACACACACACACCACACACACACACACACCACACACACCACACACACACACACCACACACACACACCACACACACACACCACACACACACCACACACACACACCACACACACCACACACACACACACACACACCACACACCACACACACACCACACACACACCACACACACACACACACACACACACCACACACACCACACACACACCACACACACACCACACACACACACCACACACACCACACACACACCACACACACACACACACCACACACCACACACACACACCACACACACACACCACACACACACACACACCACACACACACCACACACACCACACACACACACCACACACACCACACACACACACACCACACACACACACACACCACACACACACACACACACACCACACACACACACACACACAUACACCAUACGACAUUUAGGCUACAUAAGGAGAAAAUGUUGGUGAACCGUAUUUGUGAUUGUUGGAAACUUUAAAAAGAAUAUUGGUAACAUACAACAUUCAGAUGAGCACGCCCAAUCCUGAUGAGGGGCACAGACUCUGAGAAGCAGUGGAAAGGACUUCAUGAGAAUGUUUAGCCCGGAGGAGAGCCAUCCUAGGACCAGAAGGUUAAAGCUGCAGGGAGACACAUUUUACUUCUUACAGAAGAACCACCUUUCUACAAGUGAGAGCCUUCAGAAGGUAGAGCGCUCUGUGGUUGGUGGUGACUGACCCGUCCCUGGAGGUCUCAGCAGAGGUUUAAUGGCCUUUGUCAUGGAUGCUGAAGGGAGGAUUCGAGCACGCAGCUGGGGCAACAGGACUUUUAAGAUUCUCUCCAAUCUGGACUUUGGUGACUCUGUAAGUAGAACAGCUUCUAGUGAUUCACCUGGUCUGGGAUGGCAAGUACACGGCACACGUACUUCCCAUUUCUACCGUUUUGAACCCAGGGGCGCAUCCCUCUCCAGGGCUGAACGUGGCCUCAUACCUCGGAGAACCACUAGCCAGUUGGUCAGAGCUGCCCUGUCUGGUCCUGCUUCAUAGAUGAGUAACCAGUUGUCCCGAUGGCUGGUUCCCUGCCCAGGGUCACACACCUUGAUGGGGGCAGAACCUCGACUAGACUAGCACCCUUUGAUUACCAUCUCACUUUCUCCACUCACUUUGCUUUCUUGCGCCUUUGCUGGAGCUGCGUCAUUCUCUGCCCUCUCAACCACACUCCUGGUUCUUUCUAUUCGGUGGGUAACAGUGGGAGACGGCCAUCUUGCUGAGGAAAAGUGACCCCCACAGGGUGGGAUUCUCUAGCCAGCUUUCUUAGCAUCUUCCAGACGUUGAGCCCCUUGCCUCAGUGAGAGAGAAGCCAUUCUGUUACGUAAUUUCCACCUUGACCCCCAGAUCCCCACCAUUCAGUUUGACGGAAGGAUAUACUUUGUUAUAACUUAUUAUUUUGUCCUUUGUAAAUACAAGAUGUUUAUAGGAAAUGUGUAUUCUGAACUCUACUGGCAGAAUGAGUCACUACACCAAAAUAGUUCUAUUAUUUAGAAUAUGUUAAUUUUAAAGGGAUCUAAUAGGUAUUUAUUUACAUAUUCGAUCCACAUUUGUGUAAAAUUAUUUGAUACUACUAACCCAGCUUCCCGGAAAGUUGCUGCACGUGAUGUCUUAUUCCAGGUCCAUAGUUACAGUUUAGCAUACUGAUUAGCCAAAUUCCUGGGUUUUAAGAUCGAAUAUAAACGACUCUGCUUUUCGACUCAUUCAGGGGUUUUUACCCCUUGGAUUAUACCUGAAACAGGUCUCUCUGGAUUGCCACCUUUCCACCUUGAAUAUCGUAUUUGCUCAUGUAAUCUGCCAUCUCCUCAUCCUCAAACAUUUGAAGAAGGAAUUAGGAGGGUCUGUUUCAUCCCUUCUCUUUGUCUUGCCUCAUUCCUUAGAAUCACCAGCAGGAAGUUGUUCGGGAGGCUGGCUUAGAGCUGUGACGGAGGCAGGGUCCCCUGGCAAGGGCAGGGAGGGGUGUAAGGGAGGUGAUGCCUUCACUGCUCUGACCACGCCUCCAGGGCCCCCGCUGGACGCUGCUGGGUGGGAGCUCUGGGUUGUCAACUGCACAGCCAGGAGCGAGGAACCCACAGAAUACCCCAUCCACCCCAAGUCACCCAUACGGUGUCAAUUACUGCUUAAAGAGGCGGAGGCGAAUUAGAUGAGUAAAUAAUCCUUUCAGCAAAAAUGACAACUAUUUUUGUGUAUGACUAAUUUAUUUUUAUUAUUGUAAAAAUACAAUAAACUGGUUUUAAAAAGUCA